CAUACUAUCAUUAAAAAAGCAUCAUCAUUGCCCCAUUGAGACGAAAAGCGAAAAGUUUGUAUUUCAAAACUAGAGGUUGACAUUGCUUAGCGAAUUUUUUAAAGAUGUCAUCGCGGUACGAUCGGGCUGUUACCAUUUUCUCGCCGGACGGCCACUUACUUCAGGUGGAGUACGCCCAGGAAGCCGUUCGCAAAGGCUCGACUGCGGUUGGUGUUCGCGGUUCUAACUGUGUCGUUUUGGGUGUGGAGAAAAAAUCGGUGGCAAAAUUACAGGAAGAUCGUACAGUGCGUAAGAUUUGCAUGCUCGACCACCACGUUGUAAUGGCCUUUGCCGGUCUAACAGCCGACGCUCGCAUUUUAAUAAACCGCGCUCAAGUUGAAUGCCAGAGCCAUCGUUUAAAUGUUGAGGACCCUGUGACCCUUGAGUACAUAACUAGGUACAUAGCUCAGCUAAAACAGAAAUACACGCAGAGCAAUGGUCGUCGUCCCUUUGGUAUUUCCUGCCUUAUUGGAGGCUUUGACGCGGAUGGGUCUCCUCACCUGUUCCAAACGGAGCCAUCUGGUAUAUUUUACGAGUACAAAGCAAACGCCACUGGACGUUCGGCCAAGACGGUACGCGAGUUUUUCGAGAAAUCGUAUUCCGCCAAUGAAGUGAGCACCCAGAAUGGAACUGUCAAGCUUGCUAUUCGUGCCCUCCUUGAGGUGGCGCAGUCUGGCCAAAACAAUUUAGAGGUAGCUAUCAUGGAAAACGACAAGCCUCUAAAAAUGCUUGACAGCAAAGACAUUGCCGAGUAUGUGAAAAUCAUUGAAAAGGAGAAGGAGGAAGAACUUGAGAAGAAGAAGCAGAAAAAGUAACCCGCAGAAACACAAUAUAAUUUUUGAAACUUUUUCUUGAUUGGGACUGUAGGACAGUCUCACUUAAUUUUUCCGAUCCUUAGUUAAUAGCUCUUUAAUAGCUGUAACUUCUACGUUUUAACGGCUUCGUUUCGAAAAAGCUUCAAAAAUUAGCUUCGGUCAACCGAAUGUUCAAUAUUAAUAAUCAUUUUAUAUAAAUCAUUCUUCGGAAUGUUAAAGGGAUUGAAAAUAAUUCUUUGUAUAAAAUACAUGGCCACUGAAACACA